UAUUUGAAUAAUUACAGAAAAAAUAUAUAGUGAGAGACUUCGAGCGAAGUAUAAAUAUAACGAAUGUUUAUGUUUCAAUGGAGCGUAUACUGGUAUUCUCAAUCAGCUUGAAAACAGUAGUACUCAAAGUGCAGAGAAAAAGCAAAUAGUCCCUAGAAGAGCAGGCGUUAAUAAUAUUGAUUACUGUGAUAAUAUUGUCAUCUUCGCUGUUAGUUAUCUCUCAGUCCACUGAACCAAACGGAAGCAUAUAGAUGGGAGGUUUUCCCUGACAGAAAACAACACAAUUUCACUGUUUGGAGAAAUCCGUGCAUGGACAAUUUUUUUUUCUCACUUCAUAACGAUACAUUGUUUUCCGAACUGGAUUUUUUUUUCGCCUUCUGAAAGUUUUAACUAGGAUUUCUCCGAGGUUUUGUACAAAUAGAUUUAUCUUUAAAAGGCAAUAUUUCACUUGACACUGGAAAACCAUUCUGACGUUCCAUCAGGAUACUGCUAUCAACAGAAUACACGUAACAUAAGAACCAGAGAAAGGCCUAAACGAGGACAUCAGCCACUGCAAUAGUUUGAUACUUUUAAUUUUGCAUUCAGAAGGGACUGAUAAUUUAUUGAGCUACAACCUCAUCAUGUCUUUAUUUUACAAACAUAGCAUUUUCAAUCAGGCAACGGGUAACUUUGUUCACUCUGUGUCCAGCAGAGCCCUGUCCAACCUCGUACCAUCUCCAAGUUUGUCCGAUGCAGGAAACUGCCAUCCAUAUCACCUUGUCGUGAAGAAGAACAAGAAGUAUUUCUGGAAUAAAGUCCGUUUGUACCCGACGCCGUUCACUCUCUCCGAUAUCGUCGAUGGCGACCUGACAGACAAUGCGUUUGAUGAGGUCAACCCAACCAAGAAAGACCUUGUCAACUUCGAAAGAACGCUGACCAUCGAAGCAAAAGGUAAAUUGGAAGCUUCUUUAGCGAUGGAGGUGGCUGGUUUCGAAUUAGAUGGCAAUCAUCGGAUCGAAGUUUCAGUAGACUUUGGCCAAAUUGCAGAGAAAUCACUCGACAUACCAGAACUAGUCAACUCGGUAAAAGGGAGGAAAGUAAACUUGAGAAAUGAUUUCAUCAAAGAAGUAAUGUCGACGAAACGCAAUACGCUUUGCCUUGUCGUGACGACACUAAGCACAGAAGCAGAGUCUAAAAUCACAACAGAUAUUCAAACUAGUGGAUCAGCCGAUGGAAAUGUUACGGGAUCAGCGCAUUCGGUUAGCCUUGAGACUUCGCUGUCAAACGACAGAAAGCGUUCCAUAGAAAUCCCAUCCAACACCCCACUAGCUUUCCGUAUGCUCGAGAUUCUUGUGAAAGCUGACAGGUCGAUUCAGCUCAUGCAACUACCGGACAGUGAAGGUGGUUUCAUGACCAUUAAAGAUGAUGAACGUGGUCAUAAGCCUAAAUAUGAUCAUACAGAUUUAACACCGAGGGGCGAUCUUCAUUUCAAUGUAAAUGCUCCAGUGCGAGACAUAGGUGAGAUUCGAGAUCAGUUAAAAGCAAUGUUGUCUUUGCCUGAUCAAGAUCUCAAGGAUGUUCGUCAGUCCCUUACUCUACUUCUCAAACAUCCUAUCCAACUAGACAGUCUGAACAUCAUGCUGCAGGUCGCACUGAAUGCUUUACUUGUCGGAGAAGGAGGGAAGCAGACGACAUGGGAGAUGAUGAAAGAGAAGCUCGGCUGUCCCGAUCUCAAUGAUAUCAAACCUUACCUACAGGUGGCGGGCUUCAGUUUCGAGAAGGAGAACAUAGUAUUUCCGACUGGAGAUGAAAGUAACAUCCUCGUCUGUACGUCCUAUUUAGUGGAUCUAAUGGGUUCAUUAAAUGAAGACCAGGGAAGAAUAUUGUUCGAGUGUUCAGAAGAGGAGAAACGGUCAAUUAUUAAAGUGCUAGCGGAAACACUUACGGCGGGGAGACUGCCAUUGGACCAACCGAUUGUUAGCGAUCUCUUCGCUGGUUCCAGGCGGGCAGAGUGCCUUGUGUUUAGCUUGGGGCUCCAGCUAGAGAGAACAGGUGGAGAUUGGUUCCUCUCCUACCAUUCUACGGAAACGAAAGAGGAUGAUCUCAGCCCGUAUGGGUUGCUUGUCAUCAUGUGCGCCCUCUGGGACUAAAAAAUCUUGUAGAAUGCGUUAAAUUGAUACAUUUUUACACCAUACCACAUUUUUUUACAACAUAAAGAAACGUGUUUAAAAGACAGCUAUUAAUAUUUCGAACCAAGGUUUAACUCAAGCAAUUUUUUGCCAUUCGUAAAGCUAAACGUUUUGUUUUUAAUGCAGAUAUGAAACUGUACAUUUCUAACACUGAAUUUGAACGGGGUCGGAAGAACAAAGGCAUUGCCGCGUUGGCAUUGCAGUGUGCCAUCUCUUGCUAGUAACGUUGAUGAAAAUGACAAAAUAAUUUAUUGCUGGACCACAGUGACCAUCUUUAGUGUUUCAGUAUAGAUUCACAUGUGUAAUUAUAACCAACUGAACGCUGUAAGUCGUAUAUGUCGGCUUUUGUGACAUAAGCCUGCCAAACAUCAAUCUCAAUAUGACAUCAUCGGUUAACUAAUUUGCAUACUGAAGCCUCAUGAAUUAUGAUAUGUCACGAAAACGUAAUAUGCCUUCACCAUAUUGGUAACUUUAAUAACAGUUUAAUUGCAUUAUUCAUUAGAUUAUGAUCUAAACGUAGCACAGAUUUAGGUUUAUCCAAAAUCAGAAAAAAAUAUUUUAUAUAUUAUCAAAAAGGGAUUCGAGAAGUUUUUUUUUCUUCUAAAUGAACACAGAUUAAUAUCAAAAUUGUCACGCUUGAAACUUCAGAGCAGACGACCUUGAUAAAAUAUCAGGAUUUAAUAUUAACAUAUUUUUGCCUUUUAUUCUAAUUUUUGUUAUAAUGUCUCAACAGGCAAACAAACCAAAAGGUUUCUCUCUCCCUACUAGUAACCUAAUUUAACUUUGUCGGCUAUUCGACCAACUGGUUAUUAGACGAAAUGGCAUUAGACUAAAUGAAAGUAGACCAUUAUGGUGAGUGGAUGAACUGAUGGUAGACGAAAUGACUAUUGGGCACAAAGAUGAAUCUUGUAUAAUUCAUGUCGCAUCCUGAUUGAAAUGUUAGUCAUAACUACCACCAAAUCAGGAUAUUGGUAAAGUUUGUAAAUUUUUCCAAAUUUAGGUUCGAUUAUAGCCUUACUCAUCAUUUAAGUAGUGUAAAUAUAAAUAUACUAAAAAUGUUAGUGAUCAGGCAGAAUUGCAAGAUAUACAUCUGAUGACAAACAACUGUAACUCGUUUUAUCUUAGAUAAUGCACUCUGUAUAUACAGAAAAGUACAGUAUGUAAACUGUUGAACUCAAAAUAGUGAAAUACAUGAAUUAGAAAGUUUAUUUUAUCUGUUGCCACUACUGCUUUGAUAUUAUUGAAUAUUUCAACAAGGCUAUCUGUCUUUAAGUACUACAUUGUGAUUUUGUAUCAAGUUUUCAGCACAUGACAAUGAGUUUAA